AUGGAUCCCCACGCAGACAGCAGCAGGAGCGCUGGAGACAGCGUCAGCAGCAGCCAGCAGCAGCAGCAGCAGCAGCAGCAGCAGGCAGCUUCGACGGAUUGUGACUCUCUCGCGGCAGCUGACGGGGCCUGGGGCCUGGCUUUGUCUUCGGCGCAGCAGCAGCAGCAGCAGCAGCACAGCAGCAGCAUAUCGCAGCAGCAGUUUGCUUCGACCUUCCCCUGCUCCAUUGCUUCUCUCUUUGAAGGCACGGCGAGCCAGCUGCCGCCGCCGCAGCAGCAGCAGUCCACCCCGCAGCAGCAGCAGCAGCAGCAGCAGCAGCAGCGGUUCUUUUUGGAAUACAUUGUUCUCGAAAAUUUCAAAUCCUACAAAGGCAAACAUGUCAUAGGGCCCCUCCAAAGCAGCGUGGCCAUCAUAGGCGCCAACGGCUCAGGGAAGAGCAACAUUGCAGACGCAAUUUGCUUCGGGCUGGGCGUCAGCGGCCGCAGCCUCCGCAGCAGCAACUUGGUGGAUUUGCGGCACUUCUCGCUGCUGCAGCAAAACGAAGGACUCACUGCUGUGGCGCUGCACUUCCGCCGCCGGCCGGCGCCCAACGUCGAGGGAGAGGUAUUGGUGCUGCGGCGGCAGAUCAGCAGCAGCAGCAGCAGCAGCAGCAGCAGCAGCAGCAGCAGCAGCAGCACGUAUACUGUUAACGGCCGCCGCGUAACAGCAGAAGAGUACCGCAGCGUCUUAAGCGAAAAGCUUUCUCUGGGGCCCCACACCAUUGCUGCUUCGCUGCUGCUGCAGGGCGACUCAUUAGUGACUUCUGCUGCAAGAUAUCCUCUGGACCUAGCGCGUCUCAUAGAGCGAGUUGCCAGCAGCGAGGAAUGGGGCGAGCAGUUUGCUGCUGCUGAAGCUGCAGCAGCAGCUUUGCGCAGAGAAGCUCGUGCUGCCUUCAGCAGCAAGCAGCAGCUGCUGGCUUCUUUGCGAGUGCUGCAGCAGCAGCAAAAAGAAGUCAACGCCUACAAAGCCCUGCAGGACAAACUG